CAAUAAAAAGGAUUAUUAGUUGUAAUCUUUUAUAAAGAAAACGUGAUUGGUUAUCACGACUUUGACGUAAAAAAACAUGUGAUUAUAACUAACGAGUAAGUAGUAUGUUGUUGUAGUAUCAUUCUAUGUCGUCUGCAGUUGAUUUUUAAAAACAAAAUGGAAAGUUAUGAAACUGAAAAGUGUUUAAGUAUACAGGAAGUAUUCGAUGGCGUCGUAGAAAUUGCCGAAGGAUUUGAGAAGAUUAUCGAUUCUCAAGGUGAUGUGGAGAUAGUCAAAAGUGUUUUGAAAAAAGUCAUUUGGUCUUUAGAACAUUUAAGAAAUUGUGUUUUGUUAAAUGAGAGAAUUGAAUGCGAACUUUGUGAUUUGAAAUCUAAAGUCACUCAAUUAGAAUAUGACAAGGAAGAAAAAGCAAAAUUAAAAAAGAAAUUCGAUGAGGAAUUAGAACAAAUUGAGGAAUAUUGGAAGAAAGAAAGCAAAACGUUAAAUACACAAAUUAUUAAACUUCAACAAGAAAAUCAACGUUUACAGAAAUUUCAAACAGAAACUUCUGAAGAAUUAAAUAAGGAAGAAGAGAAUGAAAUUGAUGAUACUGUUUGUACAUUAAGAGAAGUUAUUAACAAUCAAAGAAAUCAGAUACAUGCUAAAGAUGCAGAAAUCUUUGAAAAAAAUGGAGAAGUUGAUGCUUUAGAAAAUCAAUUGUCACGGAUGAAGGAAUUAAAUGAAAAGCUUAGAAAUGAAUUAAUGGUUAUGAGGAGAGAGAAUCAAUGUCUGUUAGAAGAAAAAUUGGAACUUCAAGGAAGAGUUCAAGAGCAUCAAAGGGAAUUACAAUUAUUACAGAAUGCAUUACAUGAAAUGUUAGGAUCUGAAAUUAAUAAUAUUGAAGAAACACAGUCUGAAGAUAGGAAUAUUGAAAAACUACAAUUACCAAAACUUACACCAGCACAGCUAAGACGUCUUCUUUGCGAAAUGAAUAAUGUUAAAUUAAGAUUGAAAUAUUUAGAAGAGGAAGUUUCAUUUUACAGAGAAAGAAGACCAUCACUAAAAAUGGAGACAGAACAAGCAAUGAAAUUAGAAAUUGAACAACAAAGUAUAAGUGAUAAUAUUCUAACAAAUUUUAUUCAACAUUCUGAUGAUUCAGAUCAGUCAGGCAGUCAAGAAUCUGAUCAGAGCAGUGAAGCAGAUGAAACAUAUAAAAAUGCUUCUGACAGUGAAACAAGCAUGGAAGCUGAAUGGGUCACUAAAUCUGAUGUACCUGCUCAAUCUUUAGUUGAUCAGGAAAUAAGAAACAGAAAUAUGAUGGCAAGGAGGCCUUCUGCUAUCAAUAAAUUCUUUCGUCGCAUAUUUUCACCUUUUGCUGCUCAGGAAGAACAACCAUUGCCAUUGGCAUAUUUUGCACCCCGUAGAGCUUCUGCUGGAAUUAUUUAACAUUUUAUUUCCAAAGACAUCUUUAAUAUUUUUUAAAUUGUUUUAAUUGUUAAUAUUUAAAACACACAAAUUUCAGACUUAUUUAAAUUAUUAAAAUAUUUAUUCGUUGGAAAAAAAAUGUUCUUAAACAUUUUUUUUGUAAUCAUUUAUUGAUGUCUUUGGGAAUAAGAAUCCUCAAUGCAUUUUAGAAUGAAUUUCAAAAUUCAAAUAUUUAUUUUUUUAUGUUUGUUUUGUUACACUAUAGAAAUGGACUAUCUUUUUUGGCUAUAAUGUAUUUGUAAUUUAAUAAUAGUUAUUUUUAAAAUAAGAACUAGAAAGACCUAUUGGCAUUGAGGAUUUUACAUUUAAUUCUACUUUAACAUUUAAUAUUUUUAUACAAUAUAUCCAUAAUAAACAUAUAUAUCAUUUUAGAAAUAUAUUACAACUACUUAAUCAAAUUAUAGUGCCAAAACCCCAUUUUGAAUUACCAAAGAUAUUUUUAUCAUACCAAAAAGAUAAACUCUGAAAUUUAUUUUUAUAUUGUUGUUUAAUAUGUAAUUUUGAAAUU